AAAUGCUGCGGGGCGUGGGAAAAAUUGUUAAAAAUCGGGAUGUCUGGUCACCUUAAAAAGCCAAGUGACGAAAGGCCUCCUGUUAGGAAAGGCGUGGUGGUUAAUGUUCAUAAUGCCUUACACAUCACAAUAUCUAGUCCUUAAACAGAAAAUAAGAUGAUUAUGAGUUUAUAUGACCACAAAAGCUAACUUUCAGUUUUUCUAGGAGCUCUGUUAUUUCUGAUCACAAUGAAAAGUUUAAACAAUAAUGAGGUCAUACCUGGCACACUUCCCAGGAUCAAGAACUUAAAAGAAGGGAUGGAUCCUAAGUCACUUUCUUUUUCGAAGGAAUUAGCUACAGAAGAGAUUGAUGCAGCUUUUCAAUCAAUAUUAUAUGGAGAAAAAUUUUUAACUGAGGAACUAGAUAAGUAUGUACAACACCAUGAUUUCUUAAAUGCAAGAAGAAAAGAGAUGUUAUAUAAGAGAUGGAUUGAUCAUGUGGCAGAUCCUCUCCAGAAGAAAAUUAUAGAAAAAGUCUGUUCACAUAAGAAGAUUAAGCAGAGGAGACAAGAGGAACUCGAGGACUUUUUACAAUAUGUAAAUAAAAAGGGAAAUGUAUUUAUAGAACAUUAUGAUCCAAACGAAUAUGACCCUUUUUACAUGACCAAAGAGGACCCCAAUUUUCUGAAGGUUAUCAUCCCACCCUUCCGUGACCCUUUGAAAAAAGCACAAAGGGACAAGGAUGAAGAAAACAGAACUCUUCUUCAGUGUGAGACUGGCAAAAUCUACACAAUGAGACAAUUUAAAGAGGUGGAGAAGUCCAGGUUUCCAAGAAUCGCUAACUCAAGGCACUUCAUGACUCCAAAUGAGUGGCUUAAACUGCCUACAAGAUACAUAGAAAGUGAAUUUUGUCAAAGAAGCAGGUUAAAGGUGAAAGUGAACAGUAACCGUAGUAGUUUUGAUUCGAAACUCUCCGCCACAACAUGCCAUCUUCAGGAACCCCCGGAAGAAGUAAAACCAGUUACUUGCAAAAACAAAGAGGACUUCUGUCUGGAAAAGAAACCUCUAUGUUAUCUGGAGGGAAAGAAUUCAAGUCCCAAAGAGGGUAACUCUCCCCCGGUUGGCUUCUUCUUUGGGCCCCAGCCAAGUGGUCGGAGGAAUGAUGACCAGGAGAUGGUCCUUGCAGCCAAGGAGCACCCAGCCUGAGAGACGACCUAAAAGAUGCCAAAGAAACAAGGAUCGUGCUGAGUAAGGCGCUCAGGAGUCAAACAUCCACAAGGAAAGCACCUGCAAUAAAUUUAACUUCGUAUCUGU